GCUGCCCGUUCAGUCGCCUUCGGAGCGUUCGCCAUGGAGAACAUUGGUAUCGCGUUGGCGCUGGCGCUACUGCCACUGCUGUCAGUGGGGAGUGGUCGAGGUCACCUGCUGCAGGGUCAGCCGACCAUUGACCUGCACAUCCAGGCCCAGGAACAGUUGAUCUCGCAGAGCAACGACACUGCCUACUUGCAGCGACUGAUGCGCCUGGCCAAGUCGGCCGAGAUGCGCAGCUACAUGCAGCCGGGUGCGGAGGCCUGCGGCAAUUUCUACGACUACAGCUGCGGCAAUUGGCCCCAGAUCAAUCCGGCCAACGAUGCCCAUCCGCGGGAGACCAACUUGGAGCAGCUGCUGGUCAAGGCCUAUCGCCACAAACAGCAGCGUCUGAUGGAGCAGCCGGCGAACGAGGAAACGGACGAGGUGGCCGUGCUCCGGCUCAAACAGUUCUAUGCCAGCUGCCUGAUGUUCCGCCAAACGCCAGAGGAUCUCUAUCGCCGUCAGUUGCAGGAAAUUGUGGCCGAAUUCGGACGCAUGCCUGUCCUGAGUCUGCCGGGUCAGGAUUGGCCAGCCGAGGAGUUCGAUUGGCUGGACACCGUGGCCCGGAUCAAAAGAAAGUACGGCUUUGAUAUCCUGCUGCUCUUUCAGUCGUCUGGCGAUCGCAUCUACGUGGGUCAACCGAAGCAGAUUCUGCCGGAGGCCAAUAGACGGGACGUGGCUGAUGCCAUAGCCGAUCGCCUAGAGCGCCACUUGGGCGUGGAUCCAAAGCUGGCCAAGACAACGGCCCGGGAGAUCACGGAUUUGGAGAAACGCAUUGCCAGCAUUAUGCUGAAUCGUCGCGUUGGUGUUCUGUCCCAGUUGCGCACCUCCAAUGAGUCGGAUACUUAUAAAUUUGAUUACUCCAAUCUUACCCAGUAUGUGGAAACCGUCCUGGAAAGCAUCCUUGGCGACGAGACUCUCUACGAGCAUGUGCCCAGCUAUUCGAUGGCCUUGGUUGACUUGGUGGCGGAAACACCACCCGAGGUGUUGGCCAACUACAUUUUCAAUGAGCUGUUGCAGCACUUUUUCUACGAGCGAUCGGGCUCCGUGGUGGAGCAAUGUGUGAGCCGCGUUAGAGAUCUGUUCCCCGACCUCCUCGACAACAUGGUGUUCGAGCAGUAUGGAGAUGCAGCCACGAUCGGUGGCAUUGAGGCCAUCUGGCAGCAGAUCCAGCUGAGCUUUCGAGGUGCCCUUGAAAACUCAUCAGCCGACUGGUUGGUUUUGGAGACACGAGAACAACUGCUGGAGCAGUUGAACAGCACCAGUCUAGAGAUCAAUGGCUACACCGAUGUCAACUUCACGGAGCGGUAUGGGGGCAUGGAGCUAAAGCCGCGGGACUAUCUUCACAAUCUGAGGGCCGUGCUCAACCAUCAGAGCUUGAGUGUCAAAGAACGGACUCAGACGUCUGCCGUCUAUGACCCGGUGGGGAAGAGAGUCCUGCUGCCGGUGGUCCUGCUCCAGCCGAACUUCCUGUGGUCCCGCUUCUAUCCGAGAGCCGUGCGUUACGGCAGCCUGGGCACCCUGCUCGCCCAGCAACUGGCGCACAGUCUGGAGGAUGCCUCCAAGUGGGACGCCAAGUCGUUUGCCGAGUACUCGAAGCGGAAGGCCUGCUUCAAGGAGCAAUACGGUCGCCUGCGACUCAACGGACACUACUUGCCCGAGAGUGAUCUGCAGGCGGAGAACAUAGCCGACAAUCUGGGCAUCCAGGUGGCCUACCACGCCUACAGAAGUUACCUAGCCACUCUGGAUCCAUCCUUCCUGGGCUCGGAGUCACUGCCACAGCUUAGCCUUAGCUCGCGGAGACUGUUCUUCCUCAGUUUUGGCCAGCUGUGGUGCAACGAUGCCAACGAACAGUUCCGGGACAAGCAAUCCCUGCUCCAAUUUAGGACACCCAAUGCGCUCCGGGUGCUGGGCGCACUAUCCAACUUCAAGGCCUUUGAACGGGACUUCAACUGCGGACGAGGAAGCCUCAUGACCCAGCCUGAGAAGUGCCAACUGUUCUCCGUGAACCUGGAUUAACAUUUUCACUUAAAUUGUACCAUUAAUAAACACUAUCUCUGAAUAUUGUAUUGGUAA